GGGCCCUUUCUCUUUCCUGUCUCAGGAACUCAAACAUGACCAGGAAGAUCUUCACAAAUACCAGGGAGCGGUGGAGGCAGCAGAACGUCAACAGCGCCUUUGCGAAGCUGAGGAAGCUCAUCCCCACACACCCUCCAGACAAAAAGCUAAGCAAAAAUGAAACGCUUCGCCUGGCAAUGAGGUACAUCAACUUCUUGGUCAAGGUCUUGGGGGAGCAAACCCUGCAGCAAGCAGGCGUGGCUGCCCAGGGAAACAUUCUGGGACUCUUUCCCCAAGGAUCCUACGUGCCGGACAGGACUCUACUUGGUGACUACCAGGUUCCUUCACUUGACCCAAGCCACAGCAUUGCGUAGCGGGGCUCUGGCUGUCCUCACC